GCCGCUUAAGAGGCACUACCAGUCUUCUUUCUCCUGUCAGGAUGCCUGCACCGAAGGACCUGAUGCUGCUGUUACCUCUGGCCUUCCUGGCACUCCAAGCAUCUUUGUGCCAUGGAGCCUGCGUGGAGGUUGACUCAGACACGGAAGCCGAAGUUGACACAGGCUUCAAACUUGGCUGCAUCUCCUGUAAAAGGAGGGGCGAGGUGACUGCCGAGGCCUAUGUUGAAUGGGAAUUCAAACCCUUCAAUGACUCCGAGUCAACCCCUAUAUAUAGCUAUGUAGAAAAAAACUCCAAAUUCCAUGACCCACGUUUCGAGAAUCGUCUGGAAUGGAGAGGCAGCAAUAACACCAACGACCUACAGGACGGCUCCAUUUAUAUCCACAAUGUGACCUUCAAUGACUCUGGAACCUACAUUUGCACGUUCUAUCGCACUCUCAAGUACACGAACUACGAAUUUCAAACCAACCACACGAAGAAUAUCUUCUUGACAGUGGUGCCAAAACUCACAAGGGGAAUGGCAUCCAUCUUGUCGGAGGUGAUGAUGUACGUCUCCAUCAUCGGGCUGCAGCUUUGGCUCGUGGUUGAGAUGAUUUACUGCUACAGGAAGAUCGCGGCAGCAGGAGAGGAAGCAUUGAGAGAGAGCGCGGCCGAGUAUUUAGCUAUAGCAUCUGAAAGUAAAGAUAAUUGUGCAGGUGAACAAGUAGCAGAAUAGCACAGGUCAAGACAGAAUCCAAGUCUGCUUCCUUGAGGAAUUUCACAUCCACCUUAAUGUCUUCUCCUCUCACUGUCACUCGUCGCCCCCGGUCCUCUCCACAUUACGGAAUGAAAUGGAAUGACAGAGAGGAAAAACAUCUUCCAAGAAAGGUUUUAAGUGACUUUCAGCAGAAGGACUGAACUGUAUCUCACACAGAGGGACUGGAGUGAUGCACCUGGUCAUGCCCAACCGGAAAGAGAGAGUGAGAGAGCUUUGUGUAAAAUAGGUGUACAAGUUUGCACAGAUAAUCCUUGAACAUAAGUAGAAUAUAUUAUCAGAACUGCAUAUCCAAAAUCUGCAUGCUUACAAGCUUUUAAAACGACCGGCAUCAUGCUCUCUGUGUUCUGUCACAGCCAUGUUUUUUAAGAGUUUUUAGUCAUUUUUUUCAUUCUUCUGUAUUUGACGCCACUAUUUGCGCUUUAGAUGAUACAGGUUUUAUAUAUUUGAUAUUUAACUGUGUAAGCGAUUCCUCUGAUGAUUUAUAAAGCGGGAGUUAAGGUUUAGAAUUGAUUUACUUUUAAAUAGUCAUUAGACUUAAUUUUUCUUUUUGACAAUAUGUAACUACGGUCCAGAGUCCAGUGGAAACACACUUGUCCUUGGGUUAAAUGCUUAAUUGUGACCUAUUUUGAUGCCAAAGUUGAUCUGCAGCAUUUAAUCAAAUUCAGCAAAGAUUAGUUAGAGUUGUCAGCUUCUUAACCAAAGGAGAACACAGCAAUUGAAAAAAAAUGUCCAUCAUGUCAGCAGUGGCCACAGAAAGGUCACAGUCUGAAUUUAAAGGUCACUUAUCUUUGCAUUUUUUUACCAUAUGUAUGGUCAAAUCCCCGCUGACAAUGCAUAACCCUUUUGGUUUAAAUGGGAUGUCACUUUUUGAGCAGAUAAGAAGAGCAAUGAGUGAUGAAUCUCACUUUUCAAGUCAUUUUAUCAGCAGGUUUGAAUAAAACAACUCUACAGGAAUGUGACUGCAGCUGCAAAGCAGCAGAAAUGUCAUUUGUUCAUAAUGUGAAUUCUACUUCAGCUUGAGCUCCAGGAGGCUAUUUAAUGACCAUGUAUGAAGUAUUCAGAUAUUUUUAAGUCAUAACUUCUAGAAUACACGGAACAUGCACUCAUAAGGAACUUAAAGUGCAAGGUCAAACUUGUGAGAAAAACUUCUCAGUUGUGUUUUAAAUGUGAAGGAUUGGACUCGGAAAUCAAGAUUAGAUAACGUUGUCCCAAACUCUUUGACAACAUAUUGAAGGAUUUUACAGUUUUUUUAAGAUGCUUAAACUCUCAACGGAUAAAUCAGCUAAAUUUCCCAUAACAAUCAAAGCUAAAUAUCAGUGAAAUACUAUUUAAUUGUAGCAUAGGAAGAGGCCUUUAAAGCAGAUCACCCUGUUUGAACCGGCUGUGAAACGUUUCAAGCUAGCCGUCUUUUUUUUUUUUUUUUUUUCACAUUUUCUUCUUCAAUUUUUAGAGCUGGAAUAAAUGUCUCACUACAACAGGAGGGUCAGGAGUGAAAAAAAAAAAAGAUCGGCACCGGUAGAGAAAGUGUGACUUCCAGUGAUGUUUAAGAUGACGAUUUAUGUUUAACUGUCUGACCUGUAUGCACACACCAAACUCUAAAGCACCUAGCAGGUGUUGCAGAUUAGCAUCCACUAUAAACACGAUGAUACUUGCAUUGGAUGGCUGUUUUCAGUUCGUCUAUGUAUAUUGUAUGGUAUAAGGUAAAUGUUACAUGGACUUGAGCUCGUAUAAGGCUCUUCUAUUCUUCCGACUUCUCAAAGCGCUUUAUACACCGCAGGUCACAACUACCCAUUCACACACUGAUGCUAGAGGCUGCUAUAUGCAAAGUCUUCAUCAGGAGUAACUAAUCCCAUUCAAACACCACCGACAAAGCAGUGGGAGCAACUUGGGGUUAAGCGUCUUGCUCAUGGACACAUCACACAAUCGGCUGCAUGAGCUGGGGAUCGAGCCUCCGAUCUUCCGGUUAGGAGACGACCGACUCUACCAACUGAGUAGUAUCUAGUAUCUAUAGAGUACCGUAUGUGUCCCUAUCAAAUAUACACAAAAAAAAAAUUGUGGCUGUACCAAUAAAUCCUAAGGGCCAUGAAAGAGGCAGUUUAAGCUUUAAUUUGUCUGUGUGGAAACUGUUGAUGUGUUACACAAAUGUCUAAGUGUCUUUGUAGAAACAUAAGGGCUUCGCUUAUUGCUAUAAUCUAACUGCCAGUGGGUAAAUGUACCACAAAACCUGUCCAGUGUGCCUCCCAAGAUGGAAACCAAAAGAAAAAAAAAGCCAAGAGCGAAAAUCUUGACACAAAACUCUGGUGUCAAAACUGUCAUUGCCGAGUUCUCGGCGACGGGUUACCACUAGAUGGCAGCAUAACACUGCUGUUUUGCAUGCUUACUAAUCAUCUCUUUUGUACCCAAACUGUCUUUGAUACAUUUUGACAUACUGAAAAGGAGACGCUCACAAACUGAUAUAUUAAUACAGACUUACAAGCAUGCUUACAGCUGGAAUACUGAGAGGGUGCACUUUUAUUUUCAGAACUUAUACAGAAUAAUAAAUAAGUUACUCGCUGAAACAAAGCUGAGUCAUUUUAAAGGCUAUUGAAGUUAUUGUAAACACUGCUGAACGAAGGGUUUCGGGAUAUGCAUCAUUUAAAUACGAAUCAUUUUCCCUGCAUAAAAGACACAACCAGUAAAAUGAAUCCUGCCCCGCUCAGCUUCCCACAUUGUUUGUCUGCUUUGUGAACACGUGUUUUCUCUCAGCGACUCAUUAAACUGCUGUUUUCACUUCACAUUUAGGUGCUUGUUGCUUGCCAAUAUCAAGAAAGAAGAGAGAUGGAAAUAACAGUGACACAGAAAGAAAUAAAAACACUUGUGAGAAAAACGA